CUCCACUGCUCUCUGAGCUCCUCCCAGGAGCCCUCCCUCCAUCCCAGGACCCCAGCUCAGCCUAAAGGCCCUGGGGUGGCACCCAGGGCAGGGUCAGCGAUGGUCCCAGCAGGGCUGUCCCCAGAACCAGCAAGGUCUGCAUGCGGCACACAGCCCGGUCAGACGCCUAAACAGCCGCUGGUACAGAAGGUGCUGUGGGCGCCUCUCAGGAGGCCUGCGGGCGGGAGGCCAGCGCCCCGUGACUAGGGCUGAGCUGCUUGUGCAGUGCACCCGCCUCCCUGCAAGGCCCUGCCCCACUUCCACAGGUGGUGGCGGGGGAACCACGAGGUGCUGACCCAGAAACACCGAUCCUGUGACCUCCUGGCCCAUAGGUCGAUGCUCAGCCACUGAGCCACGCCCACUGGGCCAUCUGUUUAUUCCGUCCCUUAGACUUCACAUAGGGCCCGGGACGAUGGUGGAGCAGCUGGCGCACACGGAGAUCAACCGCCGGCGCAUCGCCGAGGUGGAGCGCUGCUUCGGGGCGUCGGGGCAGCCGCUGGCGCUGCCGGGCCGCGUGCUGCUGGGCGAGGGCGUGCUGACCAAGGAGUGCCGCAAGAAGGCCCAGCCGCGCGUCUUCUUCCUCUUCAGCGACGUCCUGGUCUACGGCAGCAUCGUGCUCAGCGGGCGCCGCUACCGCGCCCAGCGCGUCAUCCCGCUGGAGGAGGUGACGCUGGAGCCGCUGCCCGAGACGCGGCAGGCGCGGCACCGCUGGCUGAUCCGCACGGCCCGCAAGUCCUUCGUGGUGUCGGCCGCCUCGGCCUCCGAGCGCCAGGAGUGGAUGGGCCACAUCGAGGAGGGCGUGCGGCGGCAGCUGCGGGCCUCGGGCCGCGCGCCCAGCACGGAGCACGCGGCGCCCUGGGUGCCCGACAAGGCCACGGACAUCUGCAUGCGCUGCACGCACACCCGCUUCUCGGCGCUCACGCGGCGCCACCACUGCCGCCAGUGCGGCUUCGUGGUCUGCGGGGACUGCUCCCGCGCCCGCGUCCUGCUGCCGCGCCUGGCGCCCAAGCCCCAGCGUGUCUGCGGCCUCUGCUACCGCCAGCUGGCCGCCCAGAGGCGCCAGGGGGAGGGGGAGGGGGCGGUGGGAGGAGAGGGGGGCCCGGGCGCGGGGUCCCCUUCCGAGGCCGGGGCCGGCUGCGGGGUGUCCAGUGGGGAUGAGGACGAUGAUGACUCGGAAGAGGACAAGGAAGGCGGCGGGGAGGGCGACUGGCCCAGCCGCAUCAGGUUCUACGACUCCGGGGUCUCCUGGUCCUCCUUCCACAGCUGACAGCGGCCUCGGCUGCCGGUGGGGCCCCAGUCACUUCUGCAUCGGCGUGGACACCCCCCUCUCCUGAGGGUGCAGAGCCCCCGAAGCUGCCCGGCGCCCCCAGGACCCGUGCUGGGCUGGUGGGUGGCAGUGGGAAAGGCACGGGCCCUCCCGACCCCCAGACCCUCCUCUGCACAUGGGCAUCUCUGUCCACUUCGGUUCUCUCUCCGGGUAGCAAACCCCACGCACAGGCCUCCUGGGCCGGAGGCCAUUGCUCAGCCCUGAGAGCUGUGCUGCCUGAGGGACAGGCCCUGGCGCCUCAUGGGACAGCGAGUCCUGCUUCUCUGGGGCUGUGAUCCGCAGCACGGGACCCGCGACCAGGACGCCCACAGGGACCAUGUUGCUCCGGGACCAGGCCUGCCCACGCCCCUGGCUGGUGCCCGCCUGCCCGUCAGCUGGGCUCUGUCAGGCUGGGCAUGUGGGCUCCCCGAGCAGCGGUGCCCACCAGGCUGGGGCCGCAGCCUGAGCUCCGGGUGCAGGGCAGCCUGCCCAGGCCUCGCACCUCGCACUGUGUCCCGAUGUCGGGGGCUGGCGCCUCCCGGUCCUCCUCCCUCCCUGUGGCCGGGGAAGCUGUGUUUCCUGUGGGGACUGACUUCCAGUACAGAAGCCUCACCAGGCUGACUCCUCAUAACCAGGAAGCUCACGGCAGCUGUGGUUGAAAGGCCAGGUGUCCCCCGGGCUGUGUGCUCCAGAGGCUGACCCCGUGCUGGGGUCGCAGUCCACCCUGCACCAGGCCGGGGACCAGGGCAGCAGUGGGCUCAGGGGUUCCCACCGCAUCCAGGUGGUACCCACGCACACUCCCGCCCGCCAGGGCCCCGGCACCUGCAGUGGGUCAUGUGCUGAGUCCCCGAGCGGCAGGCAGCGUGAGGCAGCAGGAGCCGCACGUCCAGCUGGACCCGGGACCCCGCGGUGGGGCCUGUAGAUGGGGAGGCCCCGGUGCAGCGAGUGUGUGUGGGGUCAGCAGCCGGAUGCCCGCCUGGCCCACACCUGGCCCCGGAGCCCUGGGCCCUUUCCGGCUGUGUCCAGUGGGUGCUUCUGCUGCCUUUGCCCACCACCUGGCGCUGUGGCAGGGCGGGCUCACUGCCAUCUGGAUGGUGCCUUAGGACCGGGAGAGGCAGGCGCGGUGCCCGAGACCCCACCAUCAGGUUCCCGUCCCUGGGAGACGAGGCCUCUCUGGCUGAGUCUCAAAGGUCUGCCUAGAGCAGCGGUUCUCCACCUUCCGGCCCUUUACAUACAGCUCCUCAUGUUGUGACCCAACCAUAACAUUAUUUUCCUUGCUGCUUCAUCACUGUCAU